UGUAGGCAAGCCCCAUUCUGAAGAGGUUGACGAUUUUUCUGUCUCAUUGUUUGUUUCUUCCAGAAUGAGUUCUAGAUGGGUUCCCUGGGUGGUGGCUUUGUCAGUGAAUGUAAUCUGGCCGGAUUCCUCCAUGAUUCAAGGCAGAGAUUCUCCAGAGGAUUUUGUGAUUCAGGCAAAGGCUGACUGUUACUUCACCAAUGGGACAGAAAAGGUGCAGUUUGUGGUCAGAUUCAUCUUUAACUUGGAGGAGUAUGCACGUUUCGACAGCGAUGUGGGAAUGUUUGUGGCCCUGACGGAGCUGGGGCGGCCUGACGCUGAGCUGUGGAACAAUCGGUCGGACAUCCUGGAGAGGAGCAGGGCUUCUGUGGAUCUGCUCUGCAGACAGAACUACGAGCUGGGAGCACCCUUCACUGUGGGGAGAAGAGUGCAACCAGAGGUGACAGUGUAUCCGGAGAGGACCCCAUCCCUGCAGCACCACAGUCUGCUGCUUUGCUCUGUGACAGGCUUCUAUCCAGGGGACAUCAAGAUCAGGUGGUUCCGGAAUGGGCGGGAGGAGAGAGAGGGGGUCAUGCCCACUGGCCUCAUCAGGAACGGGGACUGGACCUUUCAGACAACGGUGAUGCUGGAAAUGAUUCCGGAACUUGGAGAUGUCUACACCUGCCUGGUUGACCAUCCCAGCCUGCUGAGCCCUGUUUCUGUGGAGUGGAGAGCUCAGUCUGAAUAUUCCUGGGGAAAGAUGCUAAGUGGAGUUGCAGCCUUCCUGGUUGGACUCAUCUUCCUUCUGGUGGGGAUCACUGUCCACGUCAGGGCCCGGAAAGGAUAUGUGGAGACUCAGUUGUCUGGUGAUAAGGUCUUGGGAGCAGUUUGUCCAGAACAGCCACACUAAGGUCCUAACUGAAGCUUCUCCCCCUGGAGCUGGAAGCAGGACCGAGUGGUCUGGGUCCCGGACUAAGUAGAGGACAUUCAUGAGGUCAAAGUUCUGGAUGAUUUUUUCCCGUGAGGUCUUGGAGGAGCCCUGAACAGAUUCUAGAAUUCUGUGUUCUGAGACCAGCAUCUCUAACCCUUCUUCCCUUCUUUCUCCUGCAUGUCUGUGUCCUGAGUCCCCAUUUCCAAGGACAGUGUCCAGAAAUUCCCCUGAGACCUGGCUCCUUCCAGUUCAAAACGGUUUACUUUUCUGUGGUCCAGCCCCAACCCCGUAGCUGUCAUCUCUGUCUUUCUCUCUUCCAACUGCCGUCUCCACAGACUUCAGAAGACAAAUGCUCAGACAGUCACUGCUUUCUUUUUGUUGUUUUUGGCCUUUUUCCCUUUAAAAUAAAAUUGAGAUACAGGUAACCACAUAAAAUGUAUAGCUCAAUAAAUUAUUUUUUUGCAA